AUGGAAAAUGCAUCCGAACCCGCUUUUAAAGAAUUUUCUAGUUCGACUGGAGAAUCAGCGUCCGUCACUCCUCCACGUCCGCAGAUCAAUACGCAUGUUGCUCCUCUAUCUCCACCUUACACACCUGGAUUCACAGCUCCUGUCAACACCAGGCAUCUGGAAUUUUCGCCUCUAGAAUACUAUUCGCAGACGCAUGGUAAUAUGCAGAGCAGCUUCCCAAGACCGACAACUUCG